AUGACGUCGCUCAUCGCAUCCGGCGCGCGGGCGGUCUCGACCGAAGCGCUGAAGCCGCUGGACACGUUCGAGCGACGACAUAACUCCGGAACGACGCAAGAAGUGGCGGAGAUGUGCGCGGUGAUCGGGUUCAAGGACAUCGACGCGCUGAUCGACGCGACGGUGCCGGAAAAUAUUCGCCUGAAGAAGACGAUGGACAUGGGCGAGUACACGCAGCCGCUCACGGAGAGCGAAUUCUUGACGAUGAUGAAGAACAUGGCGAGCAAGAAUAAGGUUUUUAAGAACUACAUCGGGACCGGGUAUCACGGCACGCACGUGCCGACGGUGAUUUUGCGUAACAUUUUGGAAAAUCCGGGGUGGUACACGCAGUACACGCCGUACCAGGCGGAGGCGUCGCAAGGACGCCUGGAAUCGUUGUUGAACUUUCAAACGAUGAUUACCGACUUGACCGGCAUGCCGCUGUCUAACUCGUCGUUGUUGGACGAAGGCACGGCUGCGGCGGAGGCGAUGACGAUGUGCUCUGCGUUGAACCGCGGUAAGAAGCCGAAGUUCUACGUGUCGAACAAGUGCCACCCGCAAACCAUCGCGGUGGUGCAGACGCGCGCCGAAGGUUUGGGUCUCGAAGCCGUCGUGGGCGAUGAGAACUCUUUCGAUUACACCGCGAAGGAUGUCUGCGGCGUUCUCGUGCAAUACCCGGCCACGGAUGGUUCGAUCAUCGACUACAAGCCCAUCGUGUCCCAGGCGCAAGCCAACGGCAUUCGCGUCGUCGCCGCCGCCGACUUGUUGUCGCUCACCAUGUUACAACCUCCGGGUGAAUGGGGUGCUGACAUCGUCAUCGGUUCAUCUCAGCGAUUCGGCGUGCCCAUGGGCUACGGUGGUCCGCACGCUGCCUUCUUGGCGACGACGCACGACUGCAAGCGUUUGAUGCCGGGCCGCAUCAUCGGCGAGUCCAUCGACGCCGAAGGCAAGCCGGCGCUUCGCAUGGCGAUGCAAACGCGCGAGCAACACAUCCGUCGUGACAAGGCGACUUCGAACAUUUGCACCGCGCAAGCGUUGUUGGCCAACAUAGCUGCCAUGUACGGUGUUUACCACGGUCCGGAGGGCUUGAAGCAAAUCGCCAAGCGCUCGCACGACUUUGCCGCCGUCUUCGCCGCCGGUGCCGAAAAGCUUGGCUUCAAGAACACCACCCCGGAGUUCUUCGACACCGUCACGCUGAAGUGCCCGAGUGGCGCGGAUGCCAUCGUCAAGGCGUGCGCGUCCGCUGGCAUCAACAUUCGCAAGAUGGACGCCGACCACGUCUCUUUGGCGUUUGACGAAACCACAGAAAUCGCCGACGUCGACGCUCUCUUCAAGGUGUUCGCUGGUGGCGCUGCCGCGCCCACCGUCGCGCAAGUUGCGCCGUCUGUGAACACGACCAUGCCGAUGGCGCGUAAGUCUGAAUUCAUGACCCACCCGGUGUUCAACCAGUACCACAGUGAACACGAGAUGGUGCGCUACCUCAAGCGCUUGGAAGAGAAGGAUCUCUCCUUGGUUCACUCCAUGAUCGCUCUCGGCUCUUGCACGAUGAAGCUCAACGCAACGACUGAAAUGAUUCCGAUCACGUGGCCGGAGCUUGCGAACAUUCACCCGUUCGCGCCGAAAGAUCAAACGCUUGGUUACCAAGAGAUGUUCCGCGGUCUCGAAAAGCAACUCUGCGAGAUCACCGGCUUCGACGCCAUGUCCCUCCAGCCGAACUCUGGUGCGUCUGGUGAGUACGCUGGUUUGAUGGGUAUCCGUGCCUACCACCAAUCUCGCGGUGACCACCACCGUGACGUGUGCAUCAUCCCGGUUUCCGCGCACGGUACCAACCCGGCGUCCGCCGCGAUGUGCGGCAUGAAGAUCGUCGUCAUUGGCACCGACGCCAAGGGUAACAUCAACGUCGCCGAGCUCAAGGCUGCGGCCGAAAAGCACUCCGCGAACUUGGCGGCUCUCAUGGUUACGUACCCGUCGACGCACGGUGUCUACGAGGAAGACAUCAAGGAAAUUUGCGAAGUCAUUCACCAACACGGCGGUCAAGUGUACAUGGACGGCGCCAACAUGAACGCCCAAGUCGGUUUGACUUCUCCGGGUUUCAUUGGUGCGGAUGUGUGCCACUUGAACUUGCACAAGACUUUCUGCAUUCCGCACGGUGGUGGUGGCCCGGGUAUGGGCCCGAUCGGUGUCAAGGCGCACUUGGCGCCCUUCAUGCCGGAUCACCCGUCCAUGAAGGAUGGUGCCGUCGCCGUCGGCGGGGACAAGCCCUUCGGUGUCGUCGCGGCUGCCCCGUACGGAUCCGCGCUCAUUUUACCGAUUUCCUUCUCUUACAUCGCUAUGAUGGGUUCCGAAGGUUUGGCGAACGCGUCUAAGCGCGCCAUCUUGAACGCCAACUACAUGUCCAAGCGCUUGGAGGAUUACUACCCGGUGCUCUUCAGCGGCAAGAACGACACGUGCGCGCACGAGUUCAUCCUCGACAUGCGCCCGAUCAAGGAUGCCACCGGCGUCGAAGUCGCGGACAUCGCGAAGCGCUUGAUGGAUUACGGUUUCCACUCGCCGACGAUGUCUUGGCCGGUCGCCGGUACGUUGAUGAUUGAGCCGACCGAGUCCGAGUCCAAGGCGGAGCUCGAUCGAUUCUGCGACGCUCUCAUCGCGAUUCGUGGUGAAAUCCGCGACAUUGAGGACGGUAAGGUGGACCGCGAGAACAACGUUCUCAAGAACGCCCCGCACACCGCGGAGGUCGUCACCGCGAAGGAGUGGAACCGCCCGUACCCGCGCGAUCUCGGUGCGUUCCCGGUUGAAUGGACUCGCUCUCACAAGUUCUGGCCGCAAACCUCUCGCAUCGACGACGUCUACGGCGACAGAAACCUCGUCGCGAGCCGCGCGGCUGUGGAAGUCGCCGUCGCUCAAACCGCUUAAAAAUCACAUUUUGCACUCGUUAGGAGAAAUGUAAUUCAUCACGCCUUAAUUCACUAUUCUGACAAGCUAAAAAUUCUAAAUCAACCGCAAGUGUUCUUGUGCGUCGUCCCGGCGCCCAUCCGUCGGUGCGUAAAACGUCCCCGCGGCUAACGCCGAGGCCCACACCACCACACACACGCACGCCGCUAGUUGUAAGUACAUCGUGGACGAGCUAUUCUCAUCCACUGAUGUGUCCUCUACGUCAGAGUAUUCCUCCAGACCGGCGCGACCGCCCUUGGUCCACGACUCGCCCUCGCCGUCUAAACCUUGUGAGUCGU